GCUUGCUUUUUUGGCAGUAUAAAGCUCACUUCAAGAACCUUAUUUUCUACUAAAAACUAUGAAAGUUUGAACGUUUCGAAGUGGCUGUGGGGCGGAAGGAAGAACGGAACUCAGUUUGUAAAUUGUGUUCUUGCAGCGAAAUCCGAGGGGGUUUAGAGUGUGUGAUCAUGGAGAGUAGGAGAAGGCGGGAUAAUAAUAGAAGAUCACAGUACAGAAGACCACAGCGUGGUAAUUGGCAGCCGACUGUGCCUUCAUGGGAGAAGGAUUUUUGCAAAGCGGUCGGUUCGAUGGACUGGGAAACAUUGGUGCAGAUGAAGAAGUUCACGCACCUCUACAGUAAUGUGAUAGAGUGGAACGACUCAGCAGGGGAAGAGGCAUUCCGCAAUGCCAAAGAACGAUAUUGGGCUGAAAUUAACGGCCAGUCCUGUGACAUAUCACUGCCUGAUCCUGAUCUUUAUAUCGACAAAAUUAACUGGGAUUCAGAAAACGAUCCCGAGCCGUUGCAAGACCUUGAAUCCGAGCUGGCGAUCCCUAACAUAGAGCAAGACCAUGAACCGGUCGUCAUUUUUGGCAAUUCUAUCAUGCCGGACCAAGCAUUCUCGCCUGCAGGCUGGGGUGAUUGCGAAGAGAAUGUAGAUGUCCCAGCCAAUAAUCCAUCUGCCGAGUGCGGUGGUCCAUGGGAGCAAAACUGGGGCAAUCCGUUAAACGACAGUGCACCAAGUGCAUGGCCGGUUUAUUCUAACGACUGGGGCUGGAGCAACACAAGUGAUUAUGCAUGGCCAGGUUACUCUAAUGAGUGGGGUUGGAACGGUGUAAAUGAUCAUUUUAAUUACAUAGGAACAGGUUGGAGCAAUGCAAAUGAUCAUUUUAAUUACGUAGGAACCGGUUGGAGCAACGCGAGACAUGAUGGGGAAUGGGGACAGUCUAAUGACGCGAAUGUUACAGCAGCCUAUGCGGAUCGAUACAUGGCGUGUUACACAAACCCGAGGGUUCAAGGGAAGAAGGGCCAUUAUGGCAAUCAUACAUCGAGGAAUGACAUCGGACGGUAUAAAGCACCAGAAUGGGGGGAGCAAUCAGGUAUUAGCAGACGAUCCACUUCAAGAAAGUGGACUCCAAUUAAUUCAUGUGGACCUGUCGGUUACCCUGCUGGAAUAGCUGUUGGACAGAUGCCGAACCAGGAGAAACAUUUUUCUUGAUUGCAACGGGGCAGAAAGGCGUAAUUUCUUCAUUCUAUUUGAUUUUGUUGGAGUCUUUAAGAAGUAUAUAUAGUGUCAAACAUGGGAAUAGCUGCAGUAUUUUUCGGAGUUCCUGUAAUAUAUCUCCUAUAGUUUCCUCCGCAGUUUUGGUUGUAAGUUUCUUACAACGGGGAGAAUUUUAUCGUUGUCGUGAUAACAUCCCCUCCCCCAAAUCAAGAAUGCUAUUCCCAUGUACAUAGAAAAAUGAUUUCAACAUAGGAUGCAUGUAAGAGGAAGUUGUACAAAUAACAUGAGCGCUUUGCUACAUGAUUCCAUGUUUCUUGUUGAUUAA